AUGAGCACUAAGAUUAAAGAAAAGGAUCAUAUACCCAGUCCUGCUCCUGAGAGUAGUGUUGUUUCUGGUUUUGAAACCAACAACAGCAGUGACUUACAACAUCGUCAAGUACAUGAUGAUGAUGUAGGAUUAGGUAAGACACCAAAGGCUCCUCCAAAUGCAGUAAGAAAAGCUAGUACUGUCAAUGUUGUUUCUGGAGUAAAUAAAAGUGCUAGCAGAUAUCGGAAGCUUCAUCCCAAUUCUUCACCACAAGUAAUUAGAGAAGAUGUUAAUAAGCUUACUAAGAUUCCUAAACGACUAGGCACAAUUAUUAAUUUACAAGAUGAUAAUGAGGAAAAUGGAGGUGUCGAAGGACUUAUGUCACAAAUUGCUGAUACUAGUAGUUGGUGUCUUUCUGCUGGAAUCCCAUAUUUAUCUAUCUAUGAAUGUACUGGUGUACUUACAGGCGAAUAUUUACCUUUCUUACAAAAGGAAAUGAUCCAUACAUUAGCCAAUUAUUUUGGAACUGAUGCUAUACCCAAUUUUCUGUUAAAAAUUGCUCAUACUAAUGAAAGCCUUGUAUAUUGUGAAGAUGCUCCAGUCGAUUUACAAGUGGUUUUACUUUCUCGUGUUGAUGGUAAACCUACAAUUGUAGAACUUACUCGAACAAUGUACGAAUUGGCCAAAUCUAAUGAAUUAAAGGUUAGUGAUAUCACCAUUUCACUAGUUGACGAGGAGUUGGUAGAAUUGGUUGGACCUGAACCUGAUUUGCUUAUUCAAUUUGCACCUAAUUUGGAUUUACAAGAUUAUCCACCUUGGCAAAUUAGAUUGAGUGAGAUUUAUUGGGAACCAGAGAAUAUUGAUGUAAGUUAUUUGGUAUUUAUUCGUGCUUUACAAAAGUUCUCCAGAUGUAAAAUGAAUGUGGGUAAAUAA